CACAAUCUCUCUCUCUCUCUCUCUCUCUCUCAGAGGCAAGUUGAAGAGCCUGCAAAUUCACAAUUUUCCGGUGAACAUCUCCAAUGGAAGUUGAAUCCUGUGUCCCACCAGGUUUUAGGUUCCACCCAACAGAAGAGGAGCUUGUGGGUUACUACCUUAAGAGAAAGGUGAACUCCCAAAAGAUUGAUAUAGAUGUCAUCACUGAAAUUGAUCUCUACAGAAUAGAACCAUGGGACAUCCAAGAGAGAUGCAACCUAGGUUAUGACGAAAAGAAUGAGUGGUACUUCUUCAGUCACAAAGACAAGAAAUACCCAACUGGAACAAAAACCAAUAGAGCAACAGCAGCCGGAUUCUGGAAGGCAACAGGGAGAGACAAGACAGUGCUCUCUAAGAGCAGAAUUAUUGGGAUGAGGAAGACCUUAGUAUACUACAAUGGCCGUGCACCCAAUGGGAAGAAAACUGAUUGGAUUAUGCAUGAAUAUCGGCUCCAAACAUCUGAGCAUAUAUCACUUCAGGAAGAAGGAUGGGUCGUGUGUCGUGCAUUCAAGAAGCAAAUUCCAAGUCAUUCACCUAGUAUUCAGAUGAUGAAUCACGCUUAUGAUGCUAGAGAUCAUGACCUGCAAGUAACUAGCCAUUAUCAAGGAACCACCAAUUUUCCUCAUCAACCUGUUUGCUAUGAGCAGGAGCUUUUGCCCAUGAAUGCUCAAUUAGAUAAUCAACUAAUUGAUCUUCCACAACUAGAAAACCCAACAUUGUCAACCAGUUUAGUCACUAGAGAAGGUUUUGAGCCUAGUGGUACAUCGAAUUCGAAGGAGGAUUACAAUGAUGAAAGGAACAACAAUGGUGGAGACUUCGUGGAUUGGAGAACUUUGCAUCAGCUUCUGGCAUCACAACCUAUUAAUUAUCCAUUAAUAAAACAAGAUUAUGACCUGGAUGCCCAAAAUCAAGGACAUGAUCUCUUUGGUUGCUUUCAUAACUAG